GUCACUCCCUCCGCGCUGUCAGCAGCUCUGCGCGGCUCAAACUUGCAGUCACACUGAACUAACUUGACAAUUCCUUCCGUCUUCUUGCUGGGUUCAUUUUAGUUUUUUUGGGAAGGCGUUUUAAGCGAUACACUUUCUUGGAGUAGUAAUGUGUUAAAGUCUGUGGUGCGGCCGCUCUUCACCGGGUGGAAAUACCGUUUCGUCUCCGCUUUUUCGUUGUAAAGCAGCGGGGGGAAAUGUCCAGCUGAGGGUCGGGAAUCCAGAAAACCGCAGGGCCUGUGUUGUUUGUAAUGAUUGAGCGAUACUUCGACAAUGGCGCUAAAGGUACAAGUUUUAUAUGACUUCUCUGCUGAGGCCGGAAACAACGAGUUGACAGUGAAAGAAGGAGAGACACUUACUGUCACCAAUCAGAGUAUUGGAGGCGGCUGGAUUGAAGCACAGAACUCCAGAGGAGAGGUUGGACUGGUGCCAGAAGACUACAUCGAGUUCGGUCAGCAGUCACCAUCAUUCCCAGGAACUGCAGCCCUUACGCCAAGUGUAGGAAAUGUUGCAACUCCAGACCUAUCCAUCUUUGAUUCUUUGGCUCCUGCAGCAGCACCUGCACCACCACCUGCACAACACCAGGCUAGUAACGGUAAUGACCCCUGGUCGGUGUGGAACACGGACCCCUCAGGGGGCUCCAACAAUAACUGGGCAUCCAAUCCAGAGGGCACCCAGACUGGGAAGACUCCCGCUGACCCCUGGAGCUCCGUAUCCCAGGGCCACCCUCAGGCUUACCAGGGCCCAGGAGCGGAGGACGAUGAGUGGGAUGAUGAGUGGGACGACAUGAAGUCCACUGGAGGUUACGCCGAGUCAGAAUCUGGAGAUGGUGGCGGGAUGCAGAGGGGAGGAGCUCAUGCGCCUUCAAUGAAAAUCUCCCUAAACAAGUUUCCUGGGUUCUCCAAGCCUGGUCCAGAGCUCUACCUCUUAUGCAAGCAGCUCGCUAAGAGCAAAGAGAGGUUACCAAUCUAUGUAGGAGAAGUUGGUCCGGUGUGGUCUUACCCAGAAACUCAGCUCGACUGUGUGGUGGCUGAUCCCAAAAAAGGCUCAAAGAUGUACGGGCUCAAGAGCUACAUCGAGUACCAAAUCACACCCAAUACCACAAACCGACCAGUCAAUCACAGAUACAAGCACUUUGAUUGGCUGUAUGAGAGACUUCUAGACAAAUUUGGGUCAGCCAUCCCCAUUCCGUCUCUACCUGACAAGCAGGUGACGGGGCGAUUUGAAGAAGAGUUUAUUAAGGUGCGUAUGGAGCGGCUGCAGGGCUGGAUGACCAGGAUGUGUAGGCACCCCGUUCUUUCCAACAGCGACGUAUUCCAGAUUUUCCUCACCUACAAGGAUGAGAAGGACUGGAAGACGGGGAAGAGAAAAGCAGAGAAGGACGAGACAGUGGGAGUGAUGGUCUUCUCCACAAUAGAGCCUGAAGCUGCGGACUUGGAUCCUGUGGAAGUGGAGCAGAAAUGUGAGCAGUUCAGCAGGUUCACCAAAGCCAUGGAUGACGGCGUGAAGGAAAUCCUCACAGUGGGCAACGAGCACUGGAAGAGAUGUACAGGCCCGUUGCCGAAAGAGUACCAGAGAAUCGGCAAAGCCUUCCAAAACCUGUCGUCUGUCUUCACCAGUAGUGGAUACCAAGGCGAGUCAACCCUGACUGAUGCCAUGACGGCAGCAGGAAAGACGUAUGAAGAAAUAGCUCAGAUGGUGGCAGAUCAGCCCAGGAAAGACCUCCACUUCGUCAUGGAGACCAACAAUGAAUAUAAGGGUCUUCUCGGAUGCUUCCCUGACACCAUCGGAUACCAUAAGGCAGCAAUAGAGAAGGUGAAGGAGGGAGACAAGCUUGUGGCCGCCAGUAAAAUUACCCCUCAAGACAAAGUCACUAUGGCUAAACGAGUCAGCAUAAUGUCGUACGCGUUACAAGCUGAGAUGAACCACUUCCACAGUAACCGUAUCUAUGACUACAAUAGGGUCAUGCAGUUGUACUUGGAAGAGCAAGUCAAUUUUUACGAGACGAUUGCUGCAAAGCUGAAACAAGCACACGGGCAGUUCACGACUAUGUGAACGCAACGACCUUCAGUCUCGCACUACAAGACGAGAAGAAUUAAAUCAGCUCAACAUCCAAAAUACUUUUCCUUACACUGCGUUCCUUUCCCUCCCUUUAAUUUAAAUGUCACUUCUCUCUUUCUUUGCGUCUUACCUCAUCUCUUUACUGCUCAUGCCAACAGUCGCAGCUCGUGGUGUUUCUUUUGUGCGCCGCUCUCAGAGGGGGUUAUGAACAGUUAAGGAGCAUGUGCAGCAGCUGAAAAGGCUUCGACGCGUUUAUUUUUGGGCCAGCAAUGACAGCGGACCAAGACACGCGUUGCACCGCCUUUCCUUCGUUCAAGGUCUGCAGCUCGUGAGACGGGAAGUUAACACCAUGAAUUGCACAUUGCAUUGAGUUUCUCUAAUGUGAUGCAAGAGAAGUGUUGUACAUCUAUAGGUGCCAACAUGCCUGUGUUCACAUUAUAUCUACUUAUUUUAAAGCAAUACUCUGCAGUUUUUCCAUUUUUCCAAGUAGAAAAUUGUAGCGGAACGGUUUUACACAUGCUGUCUGCACAGUGACGUAGUGUUGUACUUACAGCCAAAACCAAAGCUGCCCUCCCCUCUGUCCUGAAGGACAGCAUGGGGGAAGGGGUUUCUGAAUACAACAAUGUCAACAAGUCAGAGCUUUUUUGUCUAUUAUUUUUGCUGUUAACAUUUGAGAGAGUCCUAACAUAUUUGGUAAAAGCAGUGGAGUAUUGCUUUCAUGAAUCCAUGGAGUCUUGGAAGAGCCGUCAAAGACGGUGUGUGUUCUCUCUCUGUACGUCCAUUGCUGGCAGGCCCUAGCCCCCCUUUCAUCCGGCACUUCCUCAAAGAGCUAACAGGAAGCUCCACCUCCUUCCAGUCUUUCCCCUUUUAGGAAAAUAGAAAUGGUUGACCUAGUUGCCCCCCAGGCUGCGUACCAUGACACUGCAGUUUACAUAUCAGGAGAAAUGACAACAUGUGGGAUAAAUAAUACUCAAGUUGGGGUUGAUUAUUUUAAGCGUUGGGGCUGUAAAGUCAAAAGUCAGUAAAUAUAAUACCCCCCAGUUCUGAAGAAUAUUUGUCCUUUUUUUUGGACCAGAUUAUAGUGUUUUAUAUGAAGAUGUAACAGCAACGUUAGCUGUAAGAAUAUGUAGUAAAAGAAGAGUUUGGGACGGAGCCAUGGAUUACAUCACGUUCUGCAGUUCUGCUUUUCACCACCCAGUUUUCAAUCAUUCUCUAAUCUUGUUCACUCUGUUUUCUUAUCACUUGAUACAUGAAAAAAAAAAUAAUAAAAAAAAAAAAUAUAUAUAUUAUAUCUUACCUAUCAGGUGCUUCUUUUUCACUGAGAUACUAUUUUAUGUAUAGGAGUAUAGUAUUUGCAAAGCAGUGUAACUCAAAGAGCAGCAAAAAUUCCGUUUGAUUUAUUAAACAAUGAUUUGUACUCAU